CUCUAAGGGUGUGCCAUGUCCCGGCUGAAUGACACCAAUGAAGCCAUCCAAGCAUUCAUCAUCGUUGGCUUUCCAGGACUUCAGGAACGUGAUACCAAGAACAUUAUUUUUGGCUCCUUGUUGACUGUGUACUUUUUCAUUGUUUUGGGAAACCUUCUCAUAAUCAUUAUCUUUUUACGUGAUGAAGACCUUCACAUCCCAAUGUACAUACUUAUAUCGUGCCUCGGCCUCGUAGACAUAAUUAUUGCAACCACCACCGUUCCCAAAAUGCUGGCCAUUUUUGGCUCAGACUCUAAUAUCAUUACAAUCUCAGCCUGCUUCACUCAGAUGUUUUUCUGUCACACCAUGACCACUUCAGAGUCGCUUCUUCUUGCACUCAUGGCUUACGACAGGUAUCUGGCCAUUUGUAGACCAUUGCAUUACCAUACGUUAAUGAGCAAUGCCUCUGUUAUAAAGCAGAUUGCCUGCUGUUGGCUCUGUGCAUCAUUUCUUGCAAUCAUUCCCAUUAUUUUGGCUUACAGACUUCCAUUCUGUGGGCCCAACAAGGUGGUCCAUUGCUAUUGUGACCACUCUUCAGUGCUUAAGCUAGCCUGUACUGAUACCAGCCUCAACACCUACGUCGGUUUAAGUAUAGUCCUGACUGUCUUGUUCGCUCCUUUGGUCUACAUCCUCAUCUCAGUCCUCAAGAUCAGCACUCACGAGGGCCGUGUAAAGGCCUUCUCGACCUGCGCCACACACCUGCUGGUCAUUUCUGUCUUCUUCCUCAUUGGUGCCGGCGUCUACAUAUGCAACAGGAUUCCGGGAACUUCAGCCGAUGUGCGUAUCUUGAUGGCGCUGAUUCAGAACGUGAUGCCGCCUCUCAUGAACCCCAUCAUCUACUGCCUCAGGUCUAAAGAGAUUCAGCAGAGCUUUUGGAAAACCUUGAGGAGGAACAAAACUUUACCGAAGAACCCCUGA